AUGUCCGACUCCAACAUCGCCCCCAGCACCGCAACGAGCGUUCAGCAGACGACUCGGGCAAAGUUACCCUCAGUUAAGCACCCGCUGGAUCCCUUGACUCCCGAUGAGAUCGUAGCCGUGUCUCUUGCUGUCCGUCGUCACACCGCGGCUAAAACACAGAUCAAGGCGAUCAGGUUCAUUACGAGCUAUCUCCUCCCGCCCCCCAAGCGUGCGGUGCUUGCCUUCCUUGGGAUCCCGCUCAACCCGGGAGAGCAGCCUGAGCCAGCCACUAAGAUCGUGCGCAAGGCCGAAGUUGAUUUCUUUGACGUCGUCACAGGAGAUGCAUACAAUGCUGUCGUCGCACUAACUGAUGGUCAAUGGGACGUCGAGGCGCUCGAGAAGUUGCCAGAGGGCGUGCAGCCACAGAUCUCCGUCGAGGAAUUGCUGCUGUGCGAAAAGAUCGUUCGAGAGGACAAGGAGGUGCAGAAGCUUGCCGCAGACGUCGGCGUACUUCCCGAGCAGCUGCACGCUGACGGCUGGGCGAUCGGACACGACGCUCGCUUCCCAAAGCAGAAACGCAUCCAACAGGCCCUCCUAUUUGCCCGGUUCUCCCAGCACGAUAACCUGUAUGCGCAUCCCAUGGAUUUCAUCCCUGUCGUGGAUUCGAUCGCGAUGAAGGUCAUCCAUAUCGAUUUCCCGCCGCGCUACCUGCCGCAGGCGUCGUCGGAAUCCUUGUUUGCAAAGCAUGGCGUUGACGCGGAGCUCUCCAUGCCGACGACUGUUCCGCCCCCGCUUGAGGAGAACCAGCUCGUCGCGGCGAAGCGUGAGCGCAUCCCUCCUCCGCGCGAGUCGUGGGACUUCCUGCCGGACCUCAUGGCCCAGAAGUCUGGGGAAACCUUCAAGGUUCGGGACGACAUCAAGCCGCUGCACGUCGUGCAGCCAGAGGGUGUCAGCUUCAAGAUUUCCGGAAACGAAUUGGAGUGGCAGAAGUGGAAAAUGCAUAUCGCGUUUCAUCACCGGGAGGGCAUUGCACUAUCGACAAUCACGUACAACGAUGACGGGAAUGUGCGGCCGAUCUUUUACCGGCUCUCGCUGUCCGAGAUGGUCGUCCCAUACGGUGCUCCUGAACACCCGCAUCCCAGGAAACAUGCAUUCGACGUGGGUGAAUAUGGCAUGGGGACGAUGGCCAACGAGCUCUCGCUUGGCUGCGACUGCCUUGGUCAGAUCCAUUAUCUCCCCGGCGCGUACGUCGCACAUGAUGGCACGGCCGUGGUUAUCAAGAACGUCAUUUGUAUCCACGAGGAGGACGCAGGUCUGCUAUGGAAACACACAGACUUUCGUGUAGGCGGUCGUGCGCACGCCGUGCGCAGUCGUCGACUGGUCGUCAGCAUGAUCUGCACGCUCGCGAACUACGAGUACAUCUGGAACUACUACUUUUACCAGGACGGCAACAUCGAGCUGGAGAUCCGGCUCACGGGUAUCGUCCAGGUGUAUGCAAAGGCGGACGACGAGCCGAGCAAGUUCGGGACGACGCUCGCGCCGGGGAUUAACGCGCAUUACCACCAACACCUGUUCUCGAUACGCGUGGACCCGAUGGUGGACGGGCUGCACAACACGGUCGUGGAGACGGACGUGGUUCCUCUCACGGACGCGCCGACGGGGUCGACGGCGAACUACGCAGGGAAUGCGUUCCACACCGAGGACCGGCUGAUCGCUGUGCAGAAGGACGGCGCACGCGAGAUCAGCCAUGAGAAGGAUCGUCGGUGGUCGAUCAUCAACCCCAAGAAGCGCCAUCCGUACUCGGGCAAGUUCGUCGGGUACUCCAUCGCGGGUCUCAACGGCGCUCACGCACGGCUUCUCACCCAACACGACGGCCCCGUCGGUGUCAGAGCGCCUUUUGCCACGAAGGCGCUCUGGGUCGUGAAGGAUGUCGAGACGCCUUUGGGCGGGAGGAUGUGGCCGUCGGGCAAGUACGUUCCCCAGACGAGGGAGACACCCAAGGAUUCCCUUCCUGUGUGGUGCCAGGGUGAGGACAAGCUGACGGAAGAGGAUCUUCUCCUCUACAUUACGACUGGGGUCACGCACAUCCCACGUCCGGAGGACUGGCCUGUGAUGCCGGUGGAGCACGUCCGCCUGCUUUUCCGGCCGACGAGCUUUUUCAAAAGCAACCCCAGCAUGGACGUCCCCGGGGCGAACGAUAAGCAGAGCGUUGCGGCAUUCGCGCAAGAUAGCUGCUGCGCGAAUGACGCCUGA